GUGGGAGGAACAGAGGGGUGGGGGCGGGGCUGGCCUCGUGCGGGCUCCUUAAGUAGCUGCUGCGUGGCUGCCGUGGCACUUCAGUCUUACGACGGCACAGUCGAGUAGAGCAGAGCCGGACGGCAACGACGUCGGACGCGACCAUUCUUGGAACCAUGUCCCAACACGGAGAAGCCCCUAAGGCCUCUACAUGGGUCGUUGCUGGCCGACGAAGUUCGAACGCGUCCCGGCCGCCAGAAAGGAGGUUGGCGGAAGAGUCGAAUCGAGGAGGUCCGGGGGGAUAUAGGGUCGUCAGAGGUGGCUGCUGGAGAGGUGCCUCUAGGCCCUCGAACGCCGUGGCCGCUGGUCAUGAGGAACCGCCGCUAUGUUUCGCUUUGAAGAACCACUUUGUCGGCGCGGUGAUCGGUCGUGGUGGAUCGAAAAUAAAGCAUAUACAAAAUACAACAAACACCAUAAUCCAAAUAAUACAAGGAAGACCAGAAUCAUUAGUCAAAAUAUAUGGCAGCAAAACAAUGCAAGCCAAAGCAAAAGCCGUGAUAGGUAAUCUUGUGAAAAAGCUAGAAGAAGAUUCAGAAUGCAGAGUUGGUAUUGCAUUACAACCUUCUGGUGAAAAAGGUCGAAGCACAGCUAACAGUGUAGUUGCAGGAGCUCGGCCAUUGAUAGAUUGGGAUCAAAUUAGAGAGGAAGGUUUGAAAUGGCAGCAAAAAAAGUGGGCAGACUUACCCCCAAUUAAGAAAAACUUUUAUAAAGAGUCAGCUGCCACAAGUGAGAUGUCCAAAGAACAAGCAGAUAGUUGGAGGAAAGAAAAUUUUAAUAUAACAUGGGAUGACUUGAAGGAUGGGGAGAAACGACCUAUCCCCAAUCCAACCUGCACAUUUGAUGACGCCUUUCAGUACUAUCCUGAGGUUAUGGAAAACAUUAAAAAAUCAGGUUUUAAAAAGCCAACACCUAUUCAGGCACAAGCGUGGCCCAUUGUGUUGCAAGGAAUAGAUCUUAUAGGAGUAGCCCAAACUGGAACAGGAAAGACAUUGUGUUAUUUAAUGCCUGGAUUUAUUCAUUUGGACCUUCAACCAACCGUUAAAGGUCAAAGGAAUAGACCCGGCAUGUUAGUUCUAACACCCACUAGGGAGUUAGCACUUCAAGUUGAAGGAGAAUGUGGCAAAUAUUCAUAUAAAGGGUUUCGGAGUGUUUGUGUAUAUGGUGGUGGAAGCAGAGAUGAACAAAUAGAAGAGCUUAGAAAAGGCGUAGAUAUCAUAAUUGCAACUCCUGGAAGAUUGAAUGAUCUUCAAAUGAAUAACUUUGUCAAUCUGAAGAAUAUAACCUACUUGGUUCUAGACGAAGCAGACAAGAUGUUAGACAUGGGAUUUGAACCCCAGAUAAUGAAGAUUUUGUUAGAUGUGCGCCCAGAUAGGCAGACAGUUAUGACCAGUGCUACAUGGCCACGUUCUGUUCAUCGCCUUGCACAAUCUUAUUUGAAAGAGCCAAUGCUUGUCUAUGUUGGUACACUGGAUCUUGUUGCCGUAAGUUCAGUGAAACAAAAUAUAAUUGUAACCACUGAGGAAGAGAAAUGGAUUCACAUACAAACUUUUCUACAGAGUAUGUCACCCACAGACAAAGUGAUAGUCUUUGUUUCUCGAAAAGCUGUCGCGGAUCACUUAUCAAGUGAGCUAAUACUUGAAAAUAUGUCAGUAGAGUCUCUACAUGGAGAUAGAGAACAGAGAGACCGGGAAAAAGCAUUAGAGAACUUUAAAACAGGCAAAGUGAGAAUACUAAUUGCAACUGAUCUAGCCUCGAGAGGGCUUGAUGUCCACGAUAUUACACAUGUCUAUAAUUUUGACUUUCCACGGAACAUUGAAGAAUAUGUACACCGAAUAGGGCGCACGGGAAGAGCAGGGAGGACUGGUGUUUCCAUUACAACUAUGACUAGAAAUGACUGGAGGUUUGCCCCUGAAUUGGUUAAUAUUCUGCAAAGAGCAAAUCAGACUAUUCCUGACGACCUUUUCUCAAUGGCUGAGAGGUUCAAGGCGCGUCAACAGAGAAGAGAAAUGGAAAGAAAAAUGGAAAGACCUCAAGGAAGGCCCAAGAAGUUUAAUUAAUGUCUUCUGUACUUGUGUGGUAGAGAAUUCAAGAUUUUUUAGAAAUCUAAUAAGACGGAAGUAUUGGACGUGCUGGAAAUAUGAACAGACUGGAGUGAUUUGAGUGAUUCUUAGAAUAAUAGUGUUUGAAAAUGUAGAAUUAAGUGUUUUAUACUUUCUUUAAUAAAAGUAGAAGUAUUAAACUUG